ACUCGCCGCUUCCGGCGCUUGUUUGGGCUUAUAUUUUGAAUAGCGAUGGCUCCCGCGUGUAGCACAGUUUUUACACUUAAAUGUCAGGUUUAUUAUACAUAAAUAUGCGCUUUGGGUAAAAAAGAAUAUUAUAGAGCGCACCAGGGAUCCACUUCACCUCUGCUUUUCUGGAAUAUGUUUAAAAAGAUGACUGAAUUUGGUCCAGAUUCCGGGGGGCGAGUUAAGGGGGUGACUAUUGUAAAGCCGAUAGUGUUUGGGAAUGUUGCCCGCUACUUUGGGAAGAAGAGAGAGGAAGAUGGACACACACAUCAGUGGUCCGUCUAUGUGAAGCCGUACAGGAACGAGGACAUGUCUGCUUAUGUGAAGAAGAUCCAGUUCAAGCUGCAUGAAAGUUAUGGUAAUCCACUGAGAGUGGUGACAAAGCCUCCAUAUGAGAUCACAGAGACGGGCUGGGGCGAGUUCGAGAUCAUUGUUAAGAUCUUCUUCAUUGACCCCAAUGAGAGACCUGUGACUCUGUACCAUCUAUUGAAGCUGUUCCAGUCCGACUCCAGUGCCAUGCCGAAGAAGACCGUCGUCUCUGAAUUCUAUGAUGAAAUGAUCUUCCAGGAUCCUACAGCCAUGAUGCAGCAGCUACUGACCACAUCAAGACAACUCACCCUUGGAGCAUACAAGCAUGAGACAGAGUUCACUGAGCUGGAGCAGAGGACCAAGGAGAAAAUGGAAACGGCAAAGAAAAGAACCAGCCAUGAGAUAACAGAGCUGAAGGACAAACUAAAAGCCAGCAGAGAGAACAUCAACCACCUGAAGGCAGAGAUCAGGAAACUGGAGGAGGAAGGAGACCACAAGGAUCACUGACACGUCUCGCACAUGAAUGUGAUGAUUCAGCACGGCGUCUGACCUCAUCCAUGA